GUUUGAUGGUUUGGUGCAGACUGAGACAAGCCAAAGCGUUAAAGCACGAAUUAAUUCAAUUUUUAAUGUGGUGGCUGUUGUAGAUGGGUUUCAAAAUAAUAAACGUUCUGGGGGAUAUCUUCGUGUAUCAUCAGUUUUCAACAGUUAGUGUAAAAUACAAGGGAUAAGCAGAAAUAAGUUUCUUGAUCACAUUUUUCAAUUUGGUCAUUUUGAUUUAUGGUGGCUUCAUCACAAUCAGUACAUUGAGAAGUGUUCCACAGAAUGUAACAUAAGGAUAUGAGGAAGAGCCAUAUUUUCAACCACUUUAUGUACAAAGGUGAGUUCGCUACCGUGCCUAGUCAGCGAGUGGUGAUUGGACGCCAUUUCCGCCCCUGCAUCUGGCACAGCUGAAGCUCCUGUCCACCGUCCGCUGUCAGACUCACCGCGGUGUGACGAUGCUCCGGUCGGUCGUCGAGCCGCCGCUGUCCUCUGCGCCGUCGGCGUCCCGCGCCGCGGAGCGGGCGGACAUCCCGGACUGCGUGCUCUCGGAGCUGUGGGCGCGCCGCUCGGACGCUGGCGUCGGCUCCCCCCUGAUAGACAUCUACACGGAGACCGACUACUCCUCACAGGCGUCCGACGACGAGGGGCCCGCCGACCGGCUGACCGCGCUGCCCGGCGCCGUCUCAGAGCUUAUCGAGGUGGUGGAGGAUGACGACUUUGGCACCAUCUCCGAGGGCGGCGGGCUCAUCUGGGUGGUGGAGAAUGACGUCAGCGACCUGGACGGAUCGGAGACCAGCAGCAGGUCGACUGGUCUGCCGUCAGGGGAGGAUGUUGAUUGUGCCAUAGUGACGGGUCCUAUGACCAGUCCGAUCCGAAGCGGGGAACGCUGCCGGACCGCGUGGAACGGCCGCCCGCGGACACCUCAGACACCAAAGAAACACAAACUGGCCACGAAAAGCGGUUAUAACCGCGGGCCCAAAGCCGACUGUGAUCGCGGCUCUGCGUGUCAAUCGCGGGCAGCUAGGUCGCCGCGAAAAUCUCCGAACUGCAAGGAAAGUACUCAUCGUGUGGCUACGGUCAGCGCCGCUGCUUCCGGUACGGUCAGCGCCGCUGCUUCCGGCACCCCGCCUCGGGCACUUACCUCCGUCUCUGUCCAGCUGAGUCGCCUGCUCACCGGUGGAGAGGGGCCGUCCUCCGUGCCAGCCCCGGCGGCCGCACCCACUGACGCUGAGCCCGGUGGCGUGACGGUCGAGCCGACAGAGUUCCCGGGCUUCCCUUCCGAGUGCUGGGCGGUAGCGCGCGCCCGCUGGCUGCGACACCUGGCCGCUGUGGCAGCCGAGGAGCGCGAGAGUGGAGACGUCAGCCCAGCAGACGCGGCACUGCUGAGGCUGCGGGAGCUAGCCAACAGUGCAGCCGCCGCUGCUGCCGUUCCCGCCAGGACAGCCACUCAGCGCAGCAGUCAGAGCGAUAGCGAGCCUAUCGCUGUCUCCGCUACCCAGGUGCCAAGCUCGGUCGGCCCGACCGUUCCGGAAGAGCCGCCCGAACAGCCCCGUGUCAGUGAGCCUCCGACCUAUGUCUCCCUGAUGCCGGACUCAGAGAAGGAACGCUUCAAAGGCAGUUUUCUAUCUAUGUUUAGUCUUCGACACAUCGACAACCCGCCACCACCAGCGUUGCGACUCAGCCGUACGAUUCGUCAGCGACUGCGCAAGAGGAAGCCAAUACCCGAGGAAGCGCCAGAGAAGCCGGAGUCGUCCCCGCUGCCGCCCCGCGCCGGGCCGGGGAGUCUGCUGGCGGCGGCACGCCGUCCCUCCGCCCUGCCGGCCGGCCUGCGGGCCAAGGCGCUGAGGAGGCCGGGCGGAGGCGCGCUGCGCCGCGGACUGCUGGAGGAGCGCGCCGCCGCUGGAGACUCGUCCGGUGACGAGGCGGCGGCGGCCGUGGCGGCGGAGCGGCGUCGGCAGCGCGGCCGCCGCCGACUGCUCGACUUCAGCGAGCUGGUGGAGGUGGAGGGCGUGCUGGACCUGGCCGACACAUACUCGGGCUGCGAGGAGCCGCCGCCGCUGGUCCCCGAGACGCCGCCGGCCGAGCGCGAGCCACCCGCUAAGAGCCCGCCGCCGGCGCCGCCCGAGCUGCCGCCCCAGCGGUGGCCGCGCGCCGACGCUGCGCGCUGCCGCGUCUGUCGCAAGUUCAUCGCUCGCGUGCUGCUGCCACUGCACCUGCGCCUGCACCGGACUGGCUACCGCGGCUGCGACGUGUGUGGCCAGGUACUGGAGAGCGCCGCGGCUCUGUACCGCCACCGGCUGGGUCACGAGCCGGCGCGCUUCUGCUGCCUGCGGUGCGGCCGUCAGUUCGACACUGCAGCCAAGCUGGAGCGGCACCGCGCCAGCGCACACGCUCUUCUCUGCGCGCGCUGCGGCGCUUCCGUGCCAACCCCAGAACUGGUGCACAACCACGACUGUGAUCAGCCGCCACCGGAGCCGGCCACGGCAGCUCGCCCGGUGCCGGUACCGGCGGCCCCGCCUGCCGACCGCGGACAGGACCGUCCCGCCGACGGACAAGAGCCACUGGCGUGUCCAGAGUGCAACAGAUUGUUCCUGCUCCGCGACGACCUCUCAAUGCACAUGAAGACUGAACACGAUCGGGGUGAACCAGAGCCGGUCGGUAGCGGCGACGACGGCGAUGACUGUCCAACGGCGACGACCGAAGACUGUUCAGAUGUUCUCAGCUGCCGGGGAGACAUUUUCGGCACCGAUCUGUACAACGAGAUUCUCUCCGUGGUGUAGCCGACAGAGGAGCGUCACCGUGCGCGGUACUUCAGUACGCCAUGCCGGUACGUGCGGGGCCCUCAGUUCGUGGGGACGAUACGUGUGGGGACCUCAUUGUGCCGGACCCGAGGGAUCUGAGUGCGUCGAGCCGGUACGUGCGAUGUACCUCAAUGUGGGCACGGUAUGCACGUGGUACCUCAGUACGUCGAGCCGGGACGCCGCUGGGCUUAUUGAUGACACGGGUCUUUACCAGCGUCGCUGAAAGCUGCUGCUGUAUUUCGAGAUUCGCCGAAUUUUUCGGUAAAGUUUUUGUAUGCCUACGAGAACUAAUGACUAUUGGUACAUUUUAUGAAGCUAAUGGAAUGUACGUAUUCAAGAUAAUUUUUAUAUCAAUAAAUGCUAUUAUAGUAA